AAACAGUCCGGCCCCGGGCGCCCCAGUCGGGUGCGGCGGCCGCGGCCGUGGCCAUGGCCUCGGCUACUGUGGAGAGCUUCGUGACGAAGCAGUUGGAGCUGCUGGAGCUCGAGAGGGCCGCGGAGGUGGAGGAGCGCAGGUCCUGGCAGGAGAGCCUGUCCCUGAAGGAGCUGCAGAACCGGGGCGUGUGCCUGCUGAAGCUGCAGGUGGCCGGCCAGCGCACGGGGCUCUACGGGCGGCUGCUGGUCACCUUCGAGCCCAGGAGGUGCGCCCCGAGCGCGGUGCUGCCUAGCAACAGCUUCACCCCAGGGGACAUUGUGGGGCUGUAUGACGCUGCCAACGAGGGCAAUCAGCUGGCCACGGGCGUCCUGACCCGCCUCACCCCGAGCUCCAUCACCGUGGCCUUCGACGAGGCCCACGACUUCCAGCUGAGCCUGGACCGAGAGAGCUCCUACCGGCUGCUGAAGCUCGCCAACGACAUCACGUACCAGCGGAUGAAGAAGGCUCUGAUCACGCUCAGGAAGUACCACUUGGGUCCCGCGUCCUCGCUCAUCGAAGUGCUCUUUGGCGGCUCCGCCCCCAGUCCUGCCCAGGACAUCGGCCCCCUUGCCUUCUUCAACACGGCCCUGGACGCCUCCCAAAAAGAGGCGGUUUCAUUUGCGCUGUCCCAGAAGGAGCUCGCCAUCAUCCAUGGGCCGCCUGGCACGGGCAAGACCACGACCGUGGUCGAAGUCAUUCUCCAGGCUGUGAAACAAGGCCUAAAGGUUCUGUGCUGCGCCCCCUCUAACAUCGCCGUGGACAACCUGGUGGAGCGGCUGGCCCAGUGCAAGCAGCGGAUCGUGCGUCUGGGCCACCCUGCCCGCCUGCUGGCCUCCACCCAGCAGCACUCCCUAGACGCGGUGGUGGCCCGGAGUGACAGCGCCCAGCUCGUGGCUGACAUCAGAAAGGACAUGGACCAGGUCUUUGCGAGAAACACCAAGAGCCAGGAGAAGAGAGAGAAAAGUGAGUUGCGGAACGAGCUGAAGCUGCUGAGGAAGGAACUGAGGGCGCGGGAGGAAGCGGCCAUGGUGGAGGGCCUCACCUCGGCCCACGUGGUCCUUGCCACUACCACAGGUGCCUGCCCUGACGGCCCCCUCAGGGUGCUGCCCGAGAGCCACUUUGAUGUGGUAGUCAUCGACGAGUGUGCCCAGGCCCUGGAGGCCAGCUGCUGGAUCCCACUCCUGAGGGCCCGGAAGUGCAUCCUGGCCGGGGACCACAAGCAGCUGCCGCCCACCACCGUCUGCCCCAGGGCUGCCCUGGCGGGACUGUCACGCAGCCUGAUGGAGCGGCUGGUGGAGGAGCACGGCGCCAGCGUGGUGCGCAUGCUGACCGUGCAGUACCGCAUGCACCAGGCCAUCGCGGGCUGGGCCUCGGAGGCCAUGUACGGCGGGCAGCUGACGGCCCACCCCUCCGUGGCUGGGCACCUUCUGCGGGACCUCCCAGGGGUGGCUGCCACGGAGGAGACGGGCCUCCCCCUGCUGUUGGUGGACACCGCCGGCUGUGGGCUGUUUGAGCUGGAGGAGGACGACCAGUCCAAGGGGAACCCUGGUGAAGUCCGCCUCGUGUGUUUGCACAUCCAGGCCCUAGUGGAGGCCGGCGUCCGAGCCAGCGACAUUGGCGUCAUCACACCGUACAACCUCCAGGUGGACCUGCUGCAACAGAGCCUGGCACACCGACACCCCGACCUAGAGAUCCGCUCCGUCGAUGGCUUCCAGGGCCGGGAGAAGGAGGCGGUGAUCCUGUCUCUUGUGCGCUCCAACAGGAAAGGUGAAGUCGGUUUCCUGGCUGAGGACCGGCGGAUCAACGUGGCCGUCACCCGUGCCCGGCGCCAUGUGGCCAUCAUCUGUGACUCCCGCACGGUCACUAGCCACCCCUUCCUGAAAACCCUGCUGAGCCACUUCACGCAGCAUGGAGACGUGCGAACGGCCUUCGAGUACCUUGACGACAUUGUCCCCGACCACUACAGCCAUGAGAGCACCCAGGGCCACGGCCAGGCCACCCAGAAGCCCCGAGAUGCCGCCACAGCAGCCAAGAAGCCCACAGGAGGCAGGCGGCCCGGGAGGAAGCUGGGCGGCAAAGUUCCAGGGCCCCCAAGCCACUCUCAAGCCAGCCUCAAUGGAGGCAGCCCCGGCGCAGUGGGGAGCGGAGGUGGCCUGGAGCACUUCCGGGCCCUCCUCGCCGAGUUCGUGGCUGGCGAGGAGACACGCUUGGAGUUUCCUGCCUCCCUCAGUUCCCACGAGCGGCUGCAGGUGCACCAGCUUGCCGAGGAGCUGGGCCUGAGGCAUGAGAGCUCUGGUGAGGGCAAGGCCCGACAGAUCACCGUGAGCAGGAGGGCCGAGGCUGGCACCGGAGGCCCUGGCCGUGCGCAGGCUGGGCAGCCCCGUGGGGAGCUGCGUGACCAGGCACAGCUGGACCUGCAGGCGCCACACCUGGAGGGGCUGCAGGGGCUGCCAGCUGAGAAGGAGCGGCCAGCUGAGAAGGAGCGGCCAGCUGAGAAAGGGCUGCCAGCUGAGAAGGGGCAGCCGAGGCUUCCAGGAAAGAAAAAGAAAAAAGAAAAAGGCCGACCGGCCGGAGAGCUGUGCGUGGAGGAGAACUUGGAUGCUCUACUUGCGGCUGCCGUUAAGGCUGACAACACCUGUGGCUUUGCCAAGUGCACGGCCAGCGUCGCCACCCUGGGCCAACUCUGCCAGUUCUGCAACCGCCGCUACUGCCUUGGCCACCACCUGCCCGAGGCCCACGGCUGUGGUGAGAAGGCCCGUGCGCACGCCCGGCAGAGGGUCAGCCGGGAGGGAGUGCUGUACCCUGGCAGCGGGUCCAAGAACAGGGCGCUGGACCCAGCCCGGAGGGCGCAGCUGCAGAAGAGGCUGGACAAGAAGCUGGGCGAGCUCAGCAGCCAGAGGGCGAGCAAGAGGAAGGAGCAGGGGACGUGAGCGCCCGCGGCCUGCGUGGCCUAGCCUGCGGCCGGUGCUGCGCGUCUCCCCCGCUCUCCCCAGGACCGGGGCAGGCCGGGCCCCUCCUGAGGGAUGGCUGUGCAGUGUGUGGCAAGCACGUGGGGGCAGUGGAGGGCCACCAGGGGCCCUGCUGCCCACCCCCUCACUCCCGAGGGCUGCCCUGCUGCAGCCCCUGGGCCGAGGCACCGUGAGAGACAAGCCUGCCCCAGCUCAGUGGACGGGACGGUGCUGACGAGGCCGGCCUGGGUGUCCACCCAUCUCUGCCCAGCGGCCUCAGGUCUGUGGCGUGGGAACGUGGUCCCCCGUGACCAUCUGUGCACCUUGUCCCGUGCAAUGCUAGAGCCUCAGGGUCUGGUUCCAGAGGGGUGGGUCUCCCAGACCCCAAUAAAAGCAAAUGCCUGGC